AUGGAAAGUAAUGAGAAUGUGAAAAAAGAAAUUUUUGACGUCUAUGAACAGUUAUUCCCAACUUUGGAAUUAUUCAUCAAAUUUUUGGUAUCACAAAAGGAUCAAGAAAUACGACAGCAAUUGCUAAAAUACUUGUUGGAAAAUUAUAUUUGCGAUGUUGAAAGAUAUUCCAUGUACAAAUCGAUACAAUCCUUUGUUGAAAUUUCAAAUACUUUGGAAAUGGAGGAUUUACAGAGAAUACUUGUUGAAAAAGCCAUGCACGUGACCGAUUGGAAAUAUCCUAAUGCAUUUUCAUCAUGGAGUGAAUUUUUGAAAUCAUUUGAAGGAACUUUUUCAUUAGAGCCAAAUGAAAAUGGUGUUUCAGAAAAUGUGAAAAUUACCAAUUCAUCAUUCAAAGAGAGCUCAUUCAAUAUUUCGAAAUGUAUUGGACCUAUUCGACCUCCUCUUGUCCUAUUUUUCAAUCAUCCCAAAGUUAUUGCAGAGCAUUUAACAGCAAUGGAUUCUCUUCUAUUUAGAAAUGUAAAUACUCAUAAGGAUCUUGCAAUGGAACGAUAUACAUGCUUGAAUGGUCAAUCGGCUCCACUUCACAAACACGAGUCUUCGAGAUAUUCCGCUACCACAUGCCCUUCUCUUUCUCUAUAUAUUGAAUUUUUCAACAAACUUGGAGUUUUUACAAAAUUUUGUAUAUUUUACAAGGAUUUAACUGUUGAUCAGAGAGCAACAUGCAUUGAACGACUGAUCAUCAUUUGUGAACAUUUAGAACGACUUGGAAAUUACAACAGCUUGAUGGCAAUUUACUCGGCAUUGACCAGCCAAUCCGUGAGCAGAAUGAAAAAUGUUUGGGACAAAGUGAGUGAAUCUUCACAAAAUUAUAUUCGCCACCUCGAGCAUUUAUUCAUGAUCAGAAAAAAGUUUGAAAAUUUGAGGCGAGCUCAAUUUACCAGACAACCUCCUCUUAUUCCAUAUUUUGGAAUUUUCAUGACAGAAAUGACACAAAUAGAAUCUAUUCACAACAUCUAUCUCGACAACAUUUCUUCCUCACAUGUGAACAUGGCUAAAUUGCAUCAAAUUUACAAAAUACAUCAACAAAUUGAGACGUGUCAAUUACAUGCCAGAGAAUAUUUGACACAAAUUCCUCUCAACACCAAUUUAUUCAAUCAACUUCAUGAUGAAAUUAUUGGUUUUGACAUUUUUCGGUUAGAGUCAGUGAUACCAACAUUGAAAGAUGGGAAAACUCCUUCUCGAUCCAUGAGCAUUGACAGUAUUUCUUCCACAGGUACUGACGGUGCACUCACUCCCCGAGUAUUGACAGUUUUCUCAGAGAAUAGUUCUACCACCACAAAUGAAAGCACAAGUCUUCUCACAGUUCCAACCUAUGAAGACUCUUCUCCGCAAACUACUCCACGAGGAGGAAAACGAAAGAAUCUUGCAGAGGUGGCCGAUAAGGAAUUUUUAACUCAAUCACUCUUGAUUUAUCCAAAAUCUAGAUCCAAUUCUAAUAAUGCAAGUAGCUUUUUUGGAGGUCUUCUUGAGAGACUUUCACCAAAGCGAUUAAGUUUCUCCAUGUCACCGACAAGUAACAAUAAUUUAGAUUCAACCUCUACAGCAGGAAACACGCCAGUAGUUUCUCCACGAUUGAAGAAAUUUUCAGAUAGCGAACCAACACUUUCUCCAAGAAUGCGUGAAGUUAGAAAUCUCGCUGAUUACAUCAAGUGA